AUGCAGAAGAGAGCGCUCGUGAUUAGUGUCUUAGUGGCACUUGCAGUCAUCAUCGCAGUCGUCGUUAUCGCUGUCACAGUGUCGAGCUCGAAAGCCUCCACUAAAUCGAAAGAUAACGUUAAGCGAGGGAGUUCUACAGAUGAAAAGGUGAAGCCACGUGUCAAGGAUACGCUACGUAAGUUCAAAAAGGACAACUCCAGUAGUGGGUCAUCGGACGAAGACGAGGAGAAGACGGAUCCUUUAACAGAAAAUUAUUCCGUAUCCGCGUUGGCUAUUGGAGAUUGGGGUCGUACAAUUGCUAAAGACGGCGGAUCUUGCUGCUCGCGACGCAAAACUUUCACCGUUUUGGACUAUAAUGCGAUGGAAUAUGUGGCAAUCUUACUGGGACAAGCGGCGGCUGUAGCGCAGCCCCGUCCUUCCGUCGUAAUCGGUCAUGGAGACAAUUUCUAUUGGGACGGUUUACAUGGCGCAACGGACCAAGCCUAUCGUUUCCAACAGACAUUCGAGGACAAGUACAGUGCUGCGAGUUUGACAGGGAUUCCGUGGGUCAACGUCAUGGGCAAUCACGACUACGGAGGUGCCAGUUUCGUGUGUACGGAUGGGGAACAAGCGGUGGAAUGUUCGUCGACUAGCGAGCUAUUGGCCAGUUUGGACCACAAGUUCACGUUGCAGUCACAGUAUGUGAGUCCACAAGACAACCGAUGGAUUAUGCCCGACCAUUUCUUUGUACAUUCGAUCGCUGAUCCAACGUCAAAUUUAACGAUUGAUAUCUUCAAUUUGGACACAAAUGACGCCGACUCGCACGGCGCACAGCAAAUUUGUUGUCAAUGUUACGGAUAUUCUGGAAAAGAUGACGACGCAUGUGAGAACGUGAAGCGUGGAGACAGUCUAUGUGCUGGAGGGGAUACUAGCAUGUUUGACGCCUGUAUGGACAAGCUUCAAGCCUGGGGUGACGACUCUAGGAACAGAUUAGUGGAAGCUGCGAAAGCCUCGAAUGCGACUUGGAAGAUUGUGAACACGCACUAUUCGCCAUACAAUCACUACGCUCCCGGGCCAGCUGAGAAGUGGCGUGAGCUACUGGACGGUCUUGGCAUCCAACUCUUCCUCUAUGGCCACACUCACGGCGAGAAACACGACUAUUCUGCGUUUAAGACCCAUUUUAUCGAAAAUGGCGCGGGUGGCGGGAUCCAAAAUGAGUCACCUAGUGGAAUCCCACCCUAUGCGGAAGAUUACGUGGAGAAUGUAUGGGCUGCUGGCCAUUAUCCGUAUGGGUUCUUUACGCUCAAUGUGUCCCCAACUUGGUUGAAAGUGGGUUUUAACACGUUUGAUGAUAGUUGGUCAAUGACUAAAGAUUUGGACUCUACGGGUGUUGGUGGGAUUGCUAUUAAACAUUGCUGGUAUAUUCCUCAGAUUGGAGGAAAAGGUAAAAGCUGCGAAGAUGCUGAAGCGCAGUCGACAGGUUCGACUUAG